AUGACCGUCGUGGACGUUGCCACCCCUGCCGCUAGCGCUCCGGUCGUGUCCACCUUCGACAUCGCAGUUUUGUGGCUAAUCGCCUGCAUCCUCCUCCUCUCCCUUCUCUCCCUCAGCUUCAUCAUCCAUCUCUGCUUCAAGUCCCGCACCUCCCGCCACCUCCGCCGCUUCAACUCCCUUUGGACCGUCCGAUCCCUCCUAAUCCUCUUCAUCGCCCUCUGGUCCCUCUCAGAGCUUCUUCGCCUCCCCGUCCUCCGCCACCGCCUUCAUCUCCGCCACCACCACCACCAAGCCCUCCUCUGCAAGCUCCACGUCUCCCUCUCCCUCGGCUUCCUCGAACCAGCCUUCCUCGUCACCAUUCUCUUCCUUGUCGACGUCUCUGUUAAGAAGGACAUCAAUGGCCUCUCUGCUGUCGCCGCCACCGUUCUCGCCACGUGCUUGCCGCUCCUCCUCCUCCAGAUCCUCGUCCUCUUCUUCUCCUCCUCAAGUCUCGAGCUCCUCGGGCUCCCGUACAAAUUCUGGAGCUCGAGCAGCUCCGUCGUGUCGGGUGACACGUCGACGGUGCUCUGCUCGUAUCCGCUGCUGAGCACGGCGGUGUUCGGGUCUUUUGCGGUCGGGUACUCGCUCAUAUUCUUGUUGUCGGCUUGGAGGGUCGAGUCCCUGGUGAUCAACAAUGCACUUAGGGUUCGGAUACACAGCCUGGCCUUCGCCGUCCUCGUGUCGUUGCCGAUGCAGGUCGUCAUGCUCGGCACGUUGGUGCUGUUGAGCCCAGACGAUCCAGCGUUCGGCGGCUUCUCCCUCGCCGUCUUCCUAUCAGCCUUCACGUGUGCAGUCGUCGGCGAGGGCAUUUUGGUCAUUAAGCCCAUUGCCGACUCCCUCGCUGUGUGGGGAUACCGCUAUCCUUGGGAUCCAUGGAGGAGGCAGCCGUCGGCCGCAGAAAAGGAAGAGGGAAGAGUGUAG